AUGAGAAUCAUCUUGUCUGUCGGCGGUGGUGGAAAGGGUAGCGAGAACUUCGCUGCGGUUGCCUGCAGUCUUUCCAAGGUGGAGACCUUUGUGCGCACAGCCCGGGGGUUGGUUGACGAAUACGGACUCGAUGGCAUUGAUGUUGAUUGGGAACACCCUGCCGACUCCAAGCAGGGCAAAGACUAUGUUCGCCUCCUCGCUCGCCUGCGACAGGCCUUGCCUGCUCCUCGGUACGUUCUGGCCACUUGUCUCCCGGCGGGACAAUGGGCACUUCAGAAUAUUGACUUGUCCGAGGCUGAAACGCACCUUGACAUGAUCAAUCUAAUGGCUUAUGAUUUCUCUGGGCCUUGGAUCGCUGAGACUGGUCAUCAAGCCCAGCUCUACGGCACGCCCACCUCUUGUUAUCUGGCGGUCUCUUAUGUCUUGUCACAAGGAGUGCCUUCGCGAAAGCUCAUUCUUGGAGUUCCAACAUACGGACGCUCGUUCCUUGGAAGCAAUGGACCGGGUCAGGGAUAUACUGCCUGCGGCGGAGAAGAUGGUGUAUUUGAUUAUUGUGAUCUGCCUCGCCCAGGAUCUCAAGAGAUUUUGGACAACCAAGCCGGUGCUGCGUACUGCGUGGGCGGAGAUGGUGGAUUUGUCACGUAUGAUAUCCCGGCAACGGUCCAGCAAAAAGCACAAUUGGUCACGACGACGAAACUGGGGGGUUUGUUCUACUGGAACAUCUGCUCUGAUUCUCGUGGUCCACGAAGCCUGAUCGAAACUGGAUACAACACUUUGCAUGAUAUGUAG